CCGCACGUCAUACCCACGCGACACAAACAAACCGUCGCAGGGUAGUUAGCUAAACGGUAAACGGGUAUGUCGUUAGGCUGAAUGUAGCGCGUUGAGGGAAGCAAUGAUUUCGGUGAGCUACAUUCUGUUGUGCGGACAGCUGGUGCUGCUUCUGGCGGUGAUUCUUUUACAAUGUCUGGAAGGAAUUCACUCCCAAAACUCCUCGACAACGGGGACCCCCGCUGCUUCUCCCAGCCAGGCAGCUACCGCGGUCCCGUUCAGCGAGCAGCCGCCGGAGAUCGUGAAAUAUGAAAUCCCGGUGGAGAAUACGAAUUACACAGAGCCCUACGAGUACCGGCCCCCGUCCCCGGUUGUCCUCUGCAGCUACCUACCAGAGGAGUUCAUCUACUGCCAAGACCCAGUGGAUCACGCGCUGAACCACAGCGCCUUCCUGGAGCUGGGCCACGGCUGUCUCGGGUGGGGAGGCCAGACACAUGACGAGGUGAACCACACACGGGUGAUCUGCACGGCACUCGACGAUAUCGAGUGUGCCGGAGCCAGAGAGUUCCUCAGAGGAAACGUGCCCUGCAUCAAGUACACCGGCCACUACUUCAUCACCACGCUGCUCUACUCCUUCUUCUUGGGCUGUUUCGGGGUGGACCGCUUCUGCCUGGGCCACACCGGCACCGCCGUUGGAAAGCUGCUCACCCUGGGAGGCCUUGGAAUCUGGUGGUUCGUGGACCUGAUCCUGCUCAUCACCGGGGGCCUGAUGCCCAGCGACUACAGCAACUGGUGCACCUACUACUGAGACGCACCGUAAGGGGGCACUUGGAAAGAAAGCCAAAGAAUGCCAACUCCUACUUGUUGUUGUGGUCGUCGUGGUAACCGCUUUAUCAGAGAGUCGCUGUAGGCCUACAUAGUAACUCACAAAAGGGAUCCUCCAUUCUGGUUAAACUCUUGAGUUUCUCCUUCAACCACAGGCCAUUUAGCUCAGACUCGGGCCUCGCAUUAUGUAUUUAUUCAUUCAAUCCUCCAUCUUUCACUUGGUUGCAUUUGUCGGCUUUACCAGAACGGAGGUUUAUGCUCUUUCAUAGUCUGAGCUGCUCUCAUGAGGCGUUGAAUCUAUAAUAAAAAAAAAACUUGACUCUGAUGAUCACAAGUUUAAGAAGAAGCGAUUUUCAAGAAGUGUCGACUCUUAACCGGCUCCUGUUGUCAGCCGGCUGAGCUGCUUCUGCAGGAGGAGAUACCUCCGGCACCAUGUGGCAGAUGUCUUCAUCAGAUCUUUCCUUUCUUCCACAUGUAAUUUCUGUCCUUAGAAGUGCCCAAAACCAGGAUAAAACACUUUGAUGUUCAGGAGUCUCUUUGACCGUUGUAAGAUAUUGUAAAUAGCAUUGAUCUGCCAAACAGAAGCUUUUAUAUUCGUGUGUGUGUGUGUGUGUGUGUGUGUGUGUGUGUGUGUGUGUGUGUGUGUGUGUGUGUGUGUGUGUGUGUGUGUGUGUGUGUGUGUGUGUGUGAGUGAGAGAUUUCAUUUUCUGGUGUCAUGUUGAUUAGACAGUGAUCUCUACUGGUCUGAAAUAUUAAAAAACAGACUCGAGUCAGUCAGGGUUCAGGUUGUACCACCUAAGUUUACUGUAUCUGUAUUCAGGGAUGCAAACACAUGUAUCCCCCCUCCCCCCAAAACACUUUGGAUCUGCACGUUUCACACAAAUCACCCAAACUGAUGUGUGACCUCUACAUAAUGCUUUGCACCAAGACAACUCUUUCUGCUCUGAUCUGGGAAUAUUCCGUAGUAUUCCAAAUAUGUAUUUGUUAUCACAGUUUGAGGAUGGGUGGACUCUAUUUUACAUGCAUUUCUAUCUCAGUACUUCUGUCCUCUAUAAAGUUUCCUCCACAUGAAUCCCGUUGAAGUAGGUUCUAUAUUAUAUUGACAGCCGAUAUUUGAUAUGAUAUGAUACCUUUUUAACAGCGGGUCAAUAUACAUCUGCAACAUUUCAUCAUACAUUAACAGCAAUUUUCUACCAGACAGCGUAGUCAACAAAAGCAAAGCUAUUUGUAACCACUGCAAACCGGGAUGAAAACUAUUGAGCCUGAAGUACCUCUUAAAGCGUUACACAGCAUUGACGCCAGGCAACCAGCUCCCCAAAGAAAACGGGAGGGAAGCUGGCAGACUGCUUUGGAUGCGGGAGAACUGUCGACAAACCAACGCAAGAAGAAUUCAAAGGAUUGGAUAAAUAAAGUUAAUUGUGUAACUGCUCAA